AUGUCGACUGGAAUAGAUAACGCCGGUUCCCUUUCGGGAUACCACUCUAUUCCCGAGCCGAUCGAUACAGCCACUGUCAAUAUCCCUCUACGUGAUCUGAACAAACUGUUUCCCGGCAUUCAAUGCUUCGCAGCAAUGGCUGUCAAAUUUUCCGGCAACCCCGAUAGCCUAGACGAGCUAAGAGUUUUAUUGAUCUUGCGAAAUGGCAAGAAAGGCUCAUGGGGUAAUACCUGGGAAACAGCAGCAGGAACUCCAGAAGAAAAGGACCCGACCAUCAUCAAUUCCGCAGCCCGAGAAAGCGAAGAGGAGACAGGAAUUUGGCCUUCGAAAAUUGCUGGCAAUGCUUUCACGUGUUCUUUCCACCACAAAGAUAGAAAAACUGGCGAUCCAGUCCUUAUGCGCACGCUCGGAUUCAUCAUCAUACCCGACAACAAAGAGACGAUGGCUCAACGAGUCUGGUCCAGCGAGAUGCAACAGCCGGUCGGCCACAGUUCCGUCGAGAUCAGUGAUGAGCAUCUCGAUCAUUGCUGGUUCACUGAGGACGAAGUUCGCGGCGCUACUUUAUACGAGCAAGCCACUCCACCGGGUCCAUUCGCUAUGCUUCUAGCCAAAAGGGACAUGGUUUUACUUGCCUUUGAUUUGUUUAGGCAAUCCCAACGCAAGAAAUGGCCUAAUUCACUAGAUAUAGUGCGCUAG